AUGUCCUUUGAGAGCCGAGGCUGGUCCAUGAGAAACAGAAGGGCCCCUCGGUGGCUUCCAGGCAUGGACAGACCUGAGCAGGGGUACACUCUGGCGCAGCAGGUGCGCCACCUGACGACCACAGGCUUUCAGUUGUACUGGGUUUCAGGGUUCGGGGGUCCUUCCUGUUCAGUCACCCUUUGCACCUUCAGCCAACGGCCUCUGAGCACCGAGUGUGUGCCUGGCACUGUCCUGGGCCAAGGAGUGAAAGACGUCAGAGCCCCUGUGCUACCCAUGGCGGGAGAAAGAAAAAUUACCAUGCAGUGUGACAGAUACAAUGACAUAAGAGCCCCUUCUCCACACCCACAUGGGGACAGAGGAUUCGAAGAGGGGCUCCCCAUGGGGCGGAGCCAGCCCAGCCUUUGCUACAUGCUUCCUGCCAGCUGCAGCCCACUUGCUUCCUCGGCCCGCAGGGGUGCGGCAGGUCGGCGUGGGUGGGAGCCUGAGGACGCGCGGAGGGGAGGAGCUGGUCCCAGGCACCUGCCCCGGGGGGCGGGGCCGCUGCCACCGCGGAGGAGUCGCGGUCGAGCCGGAGCUGGCGGCUCCCUCCGGUGCGCGGGCCUGGAGCGCCCCCUAGUGCGCGUCACGGGCACAAGCAUCCCGGGGAGCGCGCUGGACCCCGGGCCGCGGCUGGGCGGGCGCCGUCCUGCGGGAGGGACCUCGGAACCUUCCCCAGCUCCGGGUCUCCCAAACCUGGGGUCCGGCAUGGUCAGUUCAGAUGAUCUGAAGAAGUUUUCCAGCGACGGCUUCGGUGGCCCGAGCACGUUCGCCGAGACUGCGGAUGACAACGAGCAAAAAAUGACCACUGUGACAGUCCUCGAAACCCUUAAAAGUCUGAAACAGUUGCACAGUCCCCCCCCCAAAGAGAAACCCGAUGUUUCCGGAAGAGCCAGUGUGAGAGCAGCCAAUGAGCCAGGUGAAAGGAAGAGAGCAGACAGUUCUGAGUCCAAAACAGGGUGUGCAGCCGCUUCGGGGGUCCUUACGCCUCCUCUGAAGGUGGGAAGCCCGUGCUCGCAGGAGCAGGGAGCGCUGGCCCGCAUGCAAUGGCAGCCUGGUGCCAACAAGCCCUGGCCUGGGCCCAUGAACACGGAGAGGGCACCAAAAAACCACAAACACACGAAGGGAACCGAGUGGGAGCGGAGAGCGGCCGGAGCAGCCCCGGGGGGGGGGGAUCUGCGCCCCCGGCCUGGCCUCCCCCAACCCGCCCGCCUCGCAGCCGCCCUCGGCUUCUCUCCCGAGACCGACCCUGUGCCGAACACCGCAGAAGACGCUACUUCUACACUAAAAGGAAUCCGAUCAAAGGGAGAUACAAAAGCCCCGGUUAUAGAUUUCUGUUACGAUUCCUCUCAGCCGGGCUUCAGAGCAGCCUCUGAUGCUGGGAGACCUAGAACCCACGCACCUUCGCGGGAGACAAGAGCUCAAGAAGAAAGCCAGUGCGUCUGCGCGAAGACGGGAACCCCGCCCCCAGGGAACCCCGACCCCCACGGGAACCCCGACCCCCACGGGAACCUCACCCCUCCAGGGAACCCCGCCCCCAACGGGAACCCCGCCCUCCAGGGAACCCCGCCCCCAACGGGAACCCCUACCCCCAGGGAACCCCGACCCCACGGGAACCCCGACCCUCCAGGGAACCCCGCCCCCAACGGGAACCCCGCCCUCCAGGGAACCCCGCCCCCAACGGGAACCCCGCCCUCCAGGGAACCUCACCCCCUCCACGGGAACCCCGCCCCCAUGGGAACCCCGCCUCCAGGGAACCCUGACCCCCAGGGAACCCCGCCCCCCACGGGAACCCCGCCCCCAGGGAACCCCGCCCUCAGGGAACCCCGACCCCCAGGGAACCCCGCCCUCCAGGGAACCCCGCCCCCAGGGAACCCCGCUGUCCACAGAACCACUUUCCAGCUUCGCCCUCCUGGUCCCCACGGGCGUUGGGACAACUCGCUCCUUAUGGUCCUCUUGAUGGUUUUAGGACCCCAGGCGGUGGGCCCCACAAACUGCCUCUUUUCAUGA